AUGUACGAAGGGAUUGACAACCUGAAAUCCCUUUACGACCGUGCCGGGAAGACUUUCUCCGGCGGUCCUUCUGCGGCACAGGAUGUGCCGCGUCGUACUGCUCGACCAGACCCAGUACGUCGACCAUCAGGUGGGAGCGGGGCUCCCAAGAAUCCCAGGACGGGGGAUAGCCGCGCCACCGGACGAGAUAACUCGUCCGACGUCCGUUCACGUCGCGGUGGUUCAACAGCUGCUCAACUAGAUGGCGCUGGCCACCGCGAGAGUCCUCUAAUGGAGGGUUACGCGACGAUCUCGAGCAUGAGCGGAAUAGGCGUCUCCAAGAUGGUGGACACUGCCUCGAAGCAUCGAGCUGAGUUUGCCUUUGCUCAGCUUGAGAACGAGAGAUCUCUGACAUCUCUUCGUGACGAGCUAAGGGUAGCUCGUGGGAUUGUUGAUCGGUCUCGGGCUGAGAUAGCUGCUCUUCAGACCCUUGUUGAUGCCCACCAUCAGGAGCACAAGGCUCUCUGCGAGAUGCUUGAGCGCAAGGGCGUUCUUCAUCGGAAGAAGCAGCGUACUGAUGGUACGGCUUAA